UAGAGAGUGUAGCGGGGCGGGGAGGAGCUGCUGGGUGCUGUGGAGGGAAUGAAGCCUAACAGAGGCUGCUAACUGUCCAAGGCUGAAAAAGAGAGUUUGCAAGGGAGCGAUCCUCUGUUCUACCCGCGACCCUGAACACACACAACGCACACGCACGCACGCACAUAGACACAUCACACACAACCGCACCCAUCUAAACCUGAGCAUCUGACCCUGCGUGAAAGGAAAGACAGAGCUCUGCCCCAGCCUGGGACAAUGACCUCCUAAGGGCACCCUUACUUUUUAAAUCUGCCUACCCUCUUCCACAGUGAGCCAGGGGGUGGGGGUUGUGCCCAUGACCCAACUAAAGCCACCAGAGCUAGCUAAGGCGAUUGAUUAGACUGGUUUCGCUCCUUGGGAUCGAUCUGGGUGUAGGGGCGGGGUCCCUUUCCCUCCCGGGUCCCUCCUCUUUCACCAUCUGCUUUGGGAUUUGGCUUCUGCUACUAAGCUCCCUCCCGUGCCUGUGUUUCCCUCCUCCCUUCCGUACAGUAGAUGGGCCCAUGACUGACUUUCGGGGAAGGGGGAGGAGGGACUGGGAUUAAAGGGGGAAUUGCGACCCCGAGUGGAGACAGAGACGGAGCUGGAGAGGCAGGAGUUGGUCCUCUUCCCUGGACUCCUCAGAUCUGAGAGAAAGCAUAGUUAACCUCCAACCUGCUGCUGAGUGAGCGGGUGAACUCGAGCCAGGGAUUUUAACCUGCUGCUCUUCUGAAUUAAUCUCUUUCCGUCCCGGGUUUGUUUCCUCAUUUCCCUCCCCCUCCCUUCUCCCUCCCUCGUCUCCUCCCCGCUCCCCGCCUUCGUUUUCUCUCUGCCUCCUUCCAAGUUUCCUUCUUCACUUGUACCAGAGCAGAAUUCUGAUGGAACUGCAAAGAUGUUCGUAUCCAGAUUCCUGGAUUUUCAAAAGACAAAAUAUGCAAGGUUCAUGAAUCACAGGGUUCCAGCCAACAAAAGGUACCAGCCUACAGAAUAUGAACAUGCAGCCAACUGUGCCACACAUGCUUUCUGGAUUAUCCCCAGCAUCCUCGGCAGUUCCAACCUUUACUUCCUGUCUGAUGAUGACUGGGAAACGAUUUCAGCUUGGAUCUAUGGCUUUGGCCUGUGCGGUCUCUUUGUUGUCUCCACUGUCUUCCACACCAUCUCCUGGAAGAAAAGACACCUCAGGAUGGUGGAGCACUGCCUACAUAUGUUUGACCGAAUGGUGAUCUAUUUCUUCAUAGCAGCGUCCUACGCCCCCUGGCUUAAUCUCCGGGAGCUUGGUCCCUGGGCAGCUCACAUGCGCUGGAUUGUCUGGAUCAUGGCUUCUAUUGGGACCAUCUAUGUGUUUUUCUUCCAUGAACGAUACAAACUUGUGGAGCUGCUGUGCUAUGUUGUGAUGGGUUUUUUCCCAGCCCUUGUCAUCCUCUCCAUGCCCAACACUGAUGGAAUCUUGGAGCUCAUGACUGGAGGUGUCUUUUACUGCUUUGGGAUGGUGUUCUUCAAGAGCGACGGGCGGAUUCCUUUUGCCCAUGCCAUCUGGCACCUCUUUGUGGCAUUUGGAGCUGGCACCCACUACUAUGCCAUUUGGAGGUAUCUCUACCAGCCCAACACACUGGAAUCUAAAGUGUCCAAAUGAGAUGUUAAAGAAUCUCCCAGCGCGCCUGGUGCCCUUGGAACAAGGCUUUAGAGGAGAUGGUCCUGGGGAGAGGCUCUGCUUGGAGUUUCCAGGCCUGUCUUUGGCUACCACUGCUGGAUAUGCUUUUGGAUGGGUCCUGGGUCAUGUCUGGUGGUUACCAGAAAUCUCUAGGGUAUCCGGUGAAGGAAGAAAAAAAAUUCAAAGGCUUUAUCAGAGGGCAAAAAAUUAACCAGAUACUUUAUGUUUUAGACAAGUUCCAUAACAAAAUUCAACAUGAAUGCCUUCAGGAAAGGAAACUGAUCUCUUCCUGAAAACAAAAGGGCCUGAUAGGCAAAGACUUUGUUCACAGGGUCUUAAAAAACUUUAAAAUGACAAUUAUACUCUAGGGAGAAGCUCAGCCUGGAUGGAUGCCAGAUCAACCAGAGCCCACCUUUUUGUAACCUGGAUGCUCAAACUGCCCUAUUACAGAAUCAAUUAACUUCCCUAUGGUUCAGGGAUGGGAAGGUGACCCUUUCUGGAUCCAGGCUAUGUCCAGUCCAAGCCCCCCCCCCCAAGAGUGGACACUCUUUUUUCCUUUCCCACUCCUCCCUCCUUUGCUAAAAAGUGCUUUUCAGACUCGAGGCUCUCUUGGGUGUGUAUUGACAUGGCUCUUUCUACCCUGACAAACUUAGUUGUGUUAGGAAGGAGCUGAAAGGAAAAUACGCCAUGGAGCUGUGGUUGCUUUAAUCUCUAGUGUGAAUCUACAGGUGGGCCAGGUGACUGCAGCAACCAACACAGACACUUUGUGCUGCUGGGAAGGGUCCUAGUCAUCUCACUGGAAACUCAGAACCAGAAAGGCAAUUUGGGGAAAGGAAAAAAGCUUUGUUUAAAGCUGUGUUUACCAUUUCCAGGCCUCAGAUAACACAGGAGCAAAUGGUCAGAGAUGCUCUGAAUGGAUGGGGCAGGAAAUGGUGAUUGGGAGGAAUUUAUAAUUCUCAGAUCCUUUAUUUGUUUUUCUUGGUCACAAGAGGCAAGACCUAAUUUCAUUUUAAACUGUUUGUUUUUUAAGAAAUUGGGACCCUUCCUUGUUCUCUGUCCCCAAGCUUCAAAGUACCCUCAGAGGAAAACCCCAUCAUUGAAUGUAAACAUGAAACCUGACAGAACUUCCAAGGCAAAAUCUCUGAAAUCCAAAGACCAUCCAGACACCAACUGGUAUGGUUUUAUUCCACGGGCUGGGGGUUCUGCAUGGAUAUAAUACCUCAUGUUGCCACUAGGAUAGAGGCAUUCUGGCAUUUGGAGCCAAAAAGACUGAGGUUUGAAACCAGCCUCUAGUAUAUUGGUUGUGUGACCCUGGGCAAGUCACUUAACCUUUAUGUGCCUAAAGCAACUCUCUAGGGCUGUUCUCCCAAGUAACUGACAGCUUGUGACAUCUGUUGGUAGAGGUCCCACACUGACCAUCACAACCCCUCCUCCCUAUUCCAGGGCUUCUAGUAGAAGGCAGUGGCAGAGAGCAUGGACCCAAUGCAUUGGAAGACCUGAUUCCAAAACACCUUAUUCCCUACAAAGCUCAGAAUCAACAAAGCCUUAUACUUCAUUAAACUUGAAUACAUUCCAGUCCUAUUUUAGGGCUCCAGGCUAUGGAAUUCCCUUUGUCCAAGUCAGUAUUAAAUGCCCCUGACACAUUCUUGAGAGAGGUGAUCCUAGAGCUAGGAGAAACUUUUGUGAUGAUGCACUUUGUUCAGGGGGGCCUUUGGUAAUCUGCUCAGUUCCCCUGGUUCGAUGAGAAUGAUGGAGAUGGUAUCACAGCUCAGAGGCAGGAGCAGGCAGGCACCCAUUAUGUGGCCGGCGUGAGAGGUGGGGGGAUUUUAUUUGUCCUGGGAGGUUUUAUGCUUUGCUAAAAAUAACUCAUCUUGUAAAUAUGGACUUAAGAAUCUUCUUUAUUCUAGGACAUGUCCUAAGUUUCCUCAUCUGUCAAAAUAAAGGGAUUAGACUAAAGGAUCUUCAAGGCCCCGUCCAUCACUAAGUCAUGUGAGUCUAUGACUAUUCAAAGUGAAAGAAUUUCUCUGUACUCAGGCCAGGACAACCAUGUUGCGCCUUCCAAAAUAUGGAGGUGUGGUUAGGUUUUAGCACACGGAAAAAAAUAGAAAUAAGGAAACCCAAGGAGUUUAAGGGAUGUAGGGAAUCGCGCAAAGCAGUGGUUGUUGUUGUUGACGAUAUUUUCCUGGAGCACUUUGGAGAACCUAGAAUGCAGGCUGGGCAGAACUGCCCUGGGGCAACCCUGGGAUACUGGUAAAGCUGUUUUGUCUCCCUCUCAUGUCCUCUUUCAUUGCCCAUUUCCCCAAGCGCAUUGGACUAGGAAGCAGGCAACUUGGGGAGGGGGCAGUUCUGUUUCUGAUACUUGCUUAUACUAGGUGACAUGAAUAAGUUAUCUAGACUUUCCUGUUUUCAGGUUUCUCAUCUAUAAAUGAGGAGAUAGGACUAAUGGUCCCUCCUAGUUCUUUCUUUUUUUUUUCUUUUUUUUUUAAAUUAAAACCCUUGCCUUCUGUCUUGGAAUCAGUACUCUGUAUUGGCUCCAAGGCAGAAGAGUAGUUAAGGACUAGGCAAUGGGAGUUAAGUGACUUGCCCAGGGUUACACAGCUGAGAAGUGUCUGAGGUCAGAUUUGAACCUAGGACCUCCCAUCUCUAGGCCUGGCUCUAAAACCACUGAGUCACCUCACUGCCCCCAAGUCCCUCCUAGUUCUGAUGCUCUCUGAGUGGCAAUGUGGUACGGAUGAAGUGAGUCCUGAAGGAUUCAAAUUCCAGCCCUGCAACUCAAUGGAUGACCUUGGGCAAGUCACAAUCAUUAUGGGCUUCAAAUUCCUUUGUCUAUAACUUGGGAAGUUUGGAUUCAGUUAUAUUUAAGACCCCCAUAUCUCUAAAUCUAGAAGUCUGUGAUCUCUAAAACUCUUUUUUUUUUUCAUUUGCAAGAUUAGUUUCUGCUCUCAAGUUGAGUUCCUAACUUCCCAAGGGCUUUGUUAUGCUUCCUCCCUUCUAUUGAACAAUCUGUCCCAGGAGCCAGAGCCCUGCUCUUUUUCCUAACUAUCCAGCUAGAAACCAACUGCUAAUAUCAAGUGAGGUGAUAUUUGUAAAGACCUCUGCAAACCUGAAAGUGCUAUUUAAAUGCUAGCUAUUAUGAAUAAUAGCAACAAUGAUCGUUUAAGGCAGUUCUUCUCCCCAGCAUGUUUGUAUUUUAAUGUGGGACACUGGGAGAUGAAAUGUCUUUUAGUCCCAAAAGAAUGAACAGCCACUGAUGAGAUUUAAGGCAAACAUUUGAAUGAUCCAAAAGGGGAGUUAUUUUUUUCUCAAAGGUGGCUAUCAGUUUCUCAUCUACCAAUUAAACAAUCGACAAACAUUCAUUAAGCAUCUAAUAUGUUCUAAAUAUUGUACAAAAUACAGGUUGCCUUCAAGGAGUUUUUAUUCUUUUAGAAAGUACUGAUUUAAUUCAAAUAAACAUCUCUCCAAAAAACAUCAACUCUGGACAAAACACAGAUCACGGUAUAAAUUGUUUACCAACAGGCAUUAAGUCCUCAAAAUGGGGCCCAGAAUUGGACAUGAGCAGGUUCUAUGCUAAGAAUCCAACUUAGUCUCCUCAUCAGGCUUUUUCAGUUUAUCACUGUCCUUAAGAAAGGCUAAUUGACUAUUGCUAAAUGAGAUAAUAUAUAUAAAGUACUUUGUAAGCCUUAAAGCCCUGUACCAAUGCUAUUGGUACUUUUUUUUGGGGGGGUAUCAAUAACAGCCCAUUUCAUCUCCACAAAGGCACUGAACAUCCCACAGCAAUCAUAGCAAACUCACACUGAAGUGGGGGUCACAAAAUUAUAAAUAAGGAUCCCAGUAGGUGUGUCCUAACUUAGAAAGCCACUCCUGUUUAUGUUUCUUUCUUUAUUAAUGCAUCAACCCAUUCAAAUCAGAUAGGAACUGUGUUUUAAUUUGUUGUAGACUGCACUCAGCAGGGUUGGGGACUUCCUAUUUGCUUCCUUUGCCUGAGAGAAACAGCUUAUGGGAGCCACCUGAGGAUUUCUUGAUGCAGUCUCAGCGGGUGGGGAAUGAUGGAUGGAUUGCUUGCAGACCUCUGCAUUUAAGAACACGGAGCCCUCUUCCGCCUGGCUGUAGGUAGAUGCUAGCUAAAUCCUGGACACUGAGGAUCUCACCCCAGGGCAAAGGAAUCUGCCCACAUUCUUGCCUGACUGGCUUCUGGAGCUGAGGAAUGCUCAUAGCUUCCAUCAGCAACUAGGGUAGCAUUUUUGACAUUCUAGGCAUAUCAGCUGUUACUCCCAGCUGUUUGCUGAUCCAGUGUCAGGUGGAUGUGACUGGGGCUGGAUGACGUCAUCUUAGGAUGAACAGUACCGGAGGAACAGCCUCCAUAGCAACAGAGAGACGAAGAGAGAGAAAGAAGGGAGAUGGAGAAAGCCGUGACCUUCCAGAAUUGUGGGAUUUUAGAGCUGAGAGGUGACCUCAGAAACCUUUUCUGGGGCAUUGUGGUAUAGUAGAGAGAAGGCUAGACUUGGAAUCACAGAGAGAUGGGUUCAGAUCCCACCUCAGACUCUUGCCUUGUGACCCCAGGCUAAUCACUAAAAUCUCUUUGUUUGGGUUUCAACAUUUGUAAAAUGAAGGAAUUGGGCUUGACUUUGAAGGUGUUUUUUAGUUCUCUGCUUAUGCUCCUACCCUUCUAACCCAACCCCCUCUCUUGUAAACCUUGAUUUUUGUUUUCAAUUAAUAUUGAAGUUCAAUCAAUCAAUAUAUUUCAACUAAUAAACCUUAUUUUCUUCCUCCUCUUGAGGAAACUGAAAAUGAACUUAAUAAGCUGGCCUAAACCAAGGCCAGGGAAGUAACACAACAAGCUUUUGAUCCCCUCAGCAAAUUAGUGACUAAGGCAGGACUAGAACUCAGGAUUCCUGGGGGGGGGCUGUUAAUUCCACCAAACCACCCACCCCUCUCUUGGUUUAACCAACUGGGCUGAGAAUUAGAAAGGAGUCAGGAAGGCAAGGAAGAUGAAUAGUGCUUGCUGAUGUGGUUUAGGCACAGCAGUCCACGCUUUCUGGAUACUGCAUAUCUAGAGUGCUGCCUGAUUGGCAGCUCUUCCCCUGGCAGAGGUAAGAGAGCAGAAUUUGACUGGGGUUGUCUCUGCAGCUGCAAGCAUGUUCGCCAGGGGCUUAUUUAAAUCAAUAACCCCAAGGUUCUCUUCUGUGCCAAAUUUAGCCCUGGAGUUUGUUCACUUGAUUAAAAACUACAGCUGAUAGCCAGAUAUGGAAAGAAUUGGGCUCUGUUCCCUCACUGUUAGCUCCAGGUAGGGUGGCUCAGAAAAUUGAAAAGAGUAUUGAGGAGCUAACAUUAGACUCAGAACACGAAGCAUCAUCAGAUGGAAGGAAAAGCUAACUGCUUCAGACUCCUCCGUCAUCCAUGGAGGAUCAUUGUAUCCACAGGGAGACAUGGAUUGGAAGCGGGCUAAACAAUCAUUCGUAAAAGCUUUCUGGUGGGUUUUUAAGCCUAAAAAUACCCCCUUUCUAAGUUUCCUUAUACUCCAAAUUGAAACAUGUUGAUUAUUUCCCCCUAGAGAGCCUAAAUCUGUGGGCACAUUUUGUAAAACAUCUGACCAAAAGGGGGGAAAAUAAAAGGAACAUUUUCCAGGGCUAAUGCUUGUUUCCACCUGGGGAGAGUCAGGAUAAAUGCAGAGGGUACCACACCUUGCUAAAAAUAGACAGUGCUCUGCUUUGUGAACCAUGAUGGAAAAUUAGAUGUGAUUAGAGGAAAGGCUGGAGGCAGCCGGUAGGAAUGGGAAAGGGUGUUAGCAGCCUUAUAGAACACAGGCAAAAUCUGUCCUGACAAGUAUUCUGACCACCUGGGUCACAAGAGAAGAGCUGGGUGUUACUGGAUACAGAGAUGAAGGAAGGAUCUCAUAGUCAGCAGGGUGGGCAGAAGAAGCAAGUCCUAAGUGGUAUGGGUUGAGGGUCCAGAAAAGUCUGCUCCCAAGUGGCCCCUGUAGGGAGGUCUGAAUUCUCUCACCAGUAAUGAAUACAUACCUUUGUGUCAGACCCCAUCCUGAGGUUCCUGUUCAAACUCUUCACUUCUUCCAGCCUCUGCAGAGGUGCCACUUUUCUAUGAAGUGUUUCCUUUCUUGAAUUUUUCUACUUUACCCUCCUCGUAUUCCCUUGUAGUAUAUUAUGUCUGUAUACAUCUAGAGACAUCUAGGUAGUAUACUGUACAAUGUAGAGGAUAGAAGGUAAGCCCUCUGGUCAGAAAGAACCCGAGUCAGAAUCCUGCUAUAAGGACUCACUAACUCUGUGAUGCUGGACAAGUCCUUUAACCUCUCUUUCCUUUCCUUUCCUUUCCUUUCCUUUCCUUUCCUUUCCUUUCCUUUCCUUUCCUUUCCUUUCCUUUCUUUCCUUUUCCUUUUCCUUUCCUUUCCUUUCCUUUCCUUUCCUUUCCUUUCCUUUUCCUUUCCUUCCUUUCCUUUCCUUUCCUUUCCUUUCCUUUCCUUUCCUUUCCUUCCUUUCCUUUCCUUUCCUUUCCUUUCCUUUCCUUUCCUUUCCUUUCCUUUCCUUCCUUUCCUUUCCUUUUUUUCUUUCCUUUUUUAUUUUCCUGCAUGGUUACAUGAUUAUUGUCUUUCUCCCUCCUGGAGUUGACAAGCAAUUUUUUUUCUUUCUUUCAAAUGUUUUUCCAUGGUUACCUGAUUCAUGAUCUUUCCCACCCCUUUUCUCUCCCUCUUCCCAAUUCCACUGGUCUAUACAUGUGUCAUUGACAAGCAAUUUCACUAGGUUAUAUAAUAUAUAUAUAUUAUAAUCACUCACCAUUUGGGGUUUCUUGGCAAAGAUCCAGGAGCAGUUUAACAUUUCCUUCUCAUUAUAUGAUGAGGAAACUGAGACUAACAGAAUUAAGUUCCUUGUCCAGGGUCAAAUAAGUAUUUGAGGUCAGAUUUGAAUUCAGGUUUUCUGGCUCCAGGUUCAAUGUGCUAGCCAUGUCACCCAGUUGCCUAUUAUUGCUAAUAUUCCCUGUUAUGUCCCCCUAAAGGGAUCUCCUUGAGGAUGAAAGAAAUUUCUUCUUUUUCUGUUUAGUGUCUCCAUGUCUCUCUUUUUUCUUUCUGUCUUUCAAGACUGGAAAAAGGAAAGAACAUUUGAAACAGGCCCAGGGAAUGACCUGAGUACUUCCAGUAGACGAUAUUUGAAAAAGCUUCUUCUGUUAAACUCUUCCUGUUAAACCCUUGUGCAUAUAGAUACAUAGGGGGGCACGUAUGAGUGAGCCUACAUAUUGAAUGGUUGCCUUUGUAAUCCUUUAUAUUUUAUUUUAUGCUUCCAAAAACCAUUAUCAUGAGAAGAGUCUGUAGGUUUUGUCAGAUUGCUGAAGGGGGUCUAUAACACAAAAAUGGCCAAGGAUCCUGUCUAAAGCAUUGGUAGGAAAGAAACCGGAAAAGACUAGAAAUGGGAGUUUGGGGAAGCACAUCUUCAAUUUGUUGGACAAGGUUGCUAUCAAGUUCUCUCAUCUCUUCCAUCUUGGGGUGACUAAUUGGACUAGUUGGAUGCCAGCUGUGGGGUCCAGCCCAGGUCCACAGAUGACUUUACUGUCACCAUUUGGAAGCAGGUGAUCCUAUGGUGUUCUUUAGCAAGGGAAAUAAAGGUCUACAGGACCAAGAGGCAUUUAGAGCUUCUCUCUCUUCACAUCUCACAAAGACCUGAGAUUUAGAAAGUGCAGCCCAAGAGAUAAAUACCUUUUGGGUCUUAUUUCUGUCAAGUCACAUUUUAACUGAUCUCAAACUUAAUAUUGUACUCCAAGAACAGGGAUUAAGACCCCCCUAAAUCACAUGCUUUGCUGGGUCAGUGUUGGGAUGGUCAGUUCAUAGGGAGAAUCUCUGCUGCGAGUGAUGGGGCUAACCCAAUAAAUUCUCAAAUAUUAUAGAACAUUAGAUAACUUUAAAUCCUGGCCUCAGAUUUUGAUGAAGCUUAAACUCAAUUCUCUGCUACGCCCACAGCUGAUCUUAUUCCUUUUAGGGAAUCCUUAGCUAUGACAGAAGGUUAAUGUGGGUAGUAUUUGUCAGUAUGCUGUUAUUAUUGCUUAAAGUGAUAAAAGUGAUAUUUCAGAAUUCUUAGUGCUAAAAAGAGCAAAAGAGACUAUCUCAAUAUUCCACACUAUUGCUUCACUAAGUGAAAUGCCUUUUUUGGAAAAAGACUCAUUCCUGAAUCUCUUCUAAACUUUGCAUGGUAAUGAAAAAGGGCCCCCUAGGUCUGCUUUAAUUCUUUUUUUUUUAAUACUUAGCUUCCAUCUUAGAAUCAAUAUUGUGUAUUGGUUCCAAGCUAGAAGGGCAGUAAGGCAGUGGGGGGUAAAUGAUUUAUUGAGGGUCACACAGCUAGAAAGUGAGGCCAAAUUUGAACCCAGGACUUCUCAUCUCUAAGCCUGGCUCUCAAUCCACUGAGCCAUCUAGCUGCCCCCACCCCUGCCCUAAUUCUUAAUCUAUGUAAUUUAUCAAGGAGAGGACCAUCAUUUAAGACAAUAUUUAAAUGUCAGCACCAUAUGGUUGAAUGCAUAUAAACAGGGUCCCAGAAGCUUCUUUAGUUUUGGUCAAGUUCAUUCAGUCUACAUUCUAGGAACAUUCCCAAAAGGAAUAGGAAGGCCCUUUUUGAAGAGUAUCAAACAAGAAGUUAUACCUAUUCUCUAAGAAAGUUCUCUAGCUCCCCUAGGAAAGAGCUGGCCUACACAAACUUCUUUAGCUUGAUGAAUCUUCAGAAUGAUCCAUCCUUCUUCCAUGUUGCCUCAUCUGGCAUCAGAGAAACUCUACUUCCACCCACUUGCCAAUAAAGUUUGGGGAGGCUUGGUUCUUUACUUUCUUUGAUUUCAUUACAAGAUGCUAUCAUCUUUCUCACAGAAUUUUAGAACUGAAAAGAAUCCUAAAAAUCAUCUAAUUUAGAGAUUCUGAAUCUGGGAAUCCAGAGGCCUCCAAGGGGACUGUAAAUGCAGAUGGGGAAAAAUUAUAUCUUUAUUUUUUCCUAAUCUCUAACUUGAAUUUAGAAUUUCUUUCAAUUAUUUAAAAAUAUUAUUUGGAGACAGGAUCCAUAGGUUUCACCACAUUGUCCAAGGGAUCCAUGACACACCCACAAAUUAAGAACUCUUCAUCUAGUCUGACUUUUUUUGUUUUAAGGAAGGGGGAGGAGAAGGAUAAUAAACAAUUAUUAAACACCAGGAACUUUAUAAAUAUGAUCUUAUUUGAUCCUCAUAAUAAAACUAUGAGACCAGUGUUUCUAUUAUCUCCAUCUUACAGUUGAGAAACUAAGGCAGAGGUUAAAUAAAUAACUUGCCCAGAAUCAUACAGCUAGCAAGUAUCUAAGGCCAAAUUUGAACUCUGGUUUUCCUGACUCUGGGCUCAGCUCUCUAUCCAUUAUACUAGUUGCCUCUAAGUUUUAAAGAUAAGGAAAUGAGGCAUGGUAAGAAAAGAGGCUUUGGAACCAAGGGGGCUUGGGUUCAAAUUUCUGCUCUGCUAGUUUAUAUAUAUAUAUUUUUUCCAAACCCUUACUUUCUCUCUUAAUAUCAAUUCUAAAAUAGAUAAAAUGAAAGGGUUAGGAAAUUGGGAUUAAGUGACUUGCUCAGAGUCACAUAGCUAGGGCUGCUAAUUACUACUUAUGUGACUUUGGCCAAAUCACUCAAUCUCUCUUGGCUUCAUUUUCUCUUCUACAUAAUAAGGAAUUGGUUAGACUAGAUGAUCUCUAAGUUCCCUUAUUGCCAAGUGGUCUGCUGAUAAAUGUUUAAUAUCAGUCCUCUAGAAAAAAAUGAUAUAUACAUAUUAUAUAUAUAUAUGUACAGUACUCUGUGAUGUUUAAUAUGCAUUAUUAAAUUUCUCCAUUAUUUUCUCAAGUCUAGACAAUCAACAAAACAAUCAGGCCCUUAUAUAUAUAUCUUUUGCUGAUUUCUGAGGUGUAGAUGUUCAUCUCUGUUUAUAAUUGUAAAAUCCACUCAAGAUCACAUAGUGUUAGAGUAAGACUAGAAUUCAUGUCAACAUGAUGCUUGUUUCUUUCUAUUAAAAAAAAUUAAACCUUUACCUUCUGACUUAGUAUCAAUUCUAAGACAGAAGAACAGCAAGGGCUAGACAAUCAAGGCUAAGUGGCUUGUCCAGGGUGACACAGUUAGGAAGUAUCUGAGGCCAGAUUUGAAUCCAGGUCCUCCCAAUUCUAGGCCUACUGCUCAAUUUACUGUGCUAUCUGGCUGUCCCUUGAUACCUGUUUCAAAGCUUUUUCCAUUAACCUCUAUUUCUUUUCCUUCACUGGAAUUUCAAUAGAUCAUCUCAUUUUGUUCCCAUAUUUCCCCAUUUUUCCCAAAGGACCAAAGAAAAUAUCGAAUUCUGUAUUUUGAAAACAAACAAACAAACAAACUCUGCCCCUUCUCUCAAGAAGGAAGCUUUGGGUUUGAUCAAACAGCUGUAUAAUUAGCAUGGCUGUAUAAUAUGCCUGCCUAUGUGUUAAAUUGUUUCAAGAGGGAGUAAAUAAAGGUUCAAUAUUUCUUCUAAAUUAUAGGUUAUCUGUCUCCCUCACAUUUUUGUCUCACAUGUAUGUGUGGAAAUAGACAUGGAUAUCCACUCUUGGUUUUUUUUAUUUUUUAUUUUUUUGUUUAUUGGCAUUAGUUAAUAUGAGCACAAAGCUUUUGUUGCACAUGGGAAAGACCUCUAGACUGGAUGUCAGAAGAUCCAACCUUACCACCAAAUAGCUGUGUGACCUUGAGCAAGAUAUUUGACUUCUCUGGGUUCUCCGUUCCUCCUCUGUAAAAUGAGGGAUUUAAUUAUGUCCAGAUUUUUACCAACCUGUAGAUCUCUAGUUACUGAGGCAGGCAGCUCAAUUUCCACUAAAUCCAGAAAGCAAAUCAUGGGGGCCAGACUGGGUUUGAGACAGGAAAGGGUAUCUCUGUUCUGUUGACUAUUGCAGUUUUGGCUUCCUCCCCUAAGAAGCCCCCCAGGAGACUGUGGCUCCUAGUGGGAGGAACAAAAAUAAGAGUAGAUUGGAAACUUAAAAAAAAGUUUUUUAAUUUUUAAAAAUAUUUUUCCAUGUUUACAUGAUUCGUGUUCUCUCCCUCCCCUCUUCCCUCCCCACUCCUAGAGCUGACAAGUAAUUCCACUGGGUUAUACAAAUAUUACAACUUGAUACUUAUUUCCAUAUUAUUCACUUUUGAACUAGAGCAAUCUUUUGAAACCAAAACCCCAAAUCGUGUACCCAUAUAACCAAGCGAUAAGUCAUGUGUUUUUCUUGUACAUUUCUGAUUGUAAACUUCUCAAAGGCCAAGUCUGUGUCUUAUCCAUCUAUCUUUGUAUCCACAGUGCCUAGCCCUAGCACCUUAAACAUAGUCUAAUAAUUAUUUGUUGAAUUAAAUUGAAUAAAUUCAGCUAAAUAGGAAUUUGAUUCAUUUUGGUUGGUCCUAGAGGGUAGUAUUUGCAGCAAUGGGUAAAUGCAGCAAAGGGAAAGUUCAGAUUUGAAGUCAGGAAGGAUUUCUCAAUACCUGGAAGUAUCUUACAAUGCAAUGAUCUACUUUCCCCUCAGUGGAGUUCUUCAAGCAAAGACUAAAGGACUAUUAACUAGGUACAAUUUCAUGAUUUAGGUUAGGUUGGACUAUGUGGCUUUUGAAAUCUCUUCCAACUGAAAUUCUUUGUGUUUCUAUGUCGCUGACUUUUUUUUUUUUAAGCAAACAGGGCUUGCUUAAACAGGGUGACUUGCGCAGGGUUACAUAGUUAGAAAGUGUCUGAGGACAGAUUUGAACCCAGAUCCUUCUCUCUCUAGGCCUAGUGCUCUAACCCCUGUGCCACUUAAUUACCCCUGAUUGACAGUCUUUUUAUCUUUAUACCUCUAAUACCUAGCAAAGAGACUGGCCCUUAGUAGGAGCUUAGUAAAUGCUUGUUGAAUAAAUGAAUGAAUGGAUUGAACCCAUUAUUAACUUUCCAUCAUUAACAAGCAUCCUCUUCCAUUGUCAUCAUAUGGUUAUGGUAAAGAAAUCAAAAGUAAUUGUUGCGCUUCUAGGUUGGGGAGACCUGUUCUUUAAGGGCCUUCUUGGCUCUGAGUCUUUAAUCCCUACUAAGAAUGGCCAGCCCAGCUUCACUUAAUAAGUUGACUCUGACUUGGCAAGGCUGAAUAUUAUUUUAAUUGUGACUUGAACUCAUCUCAGGCGAUGAGUUAGGAAGUCAGUCUUGGAGAUGGCCAAAUCAGCGUCUUACCUGAUGUGUGACCUUAAAGAGGGUGAGUCAGAUUUACCUGUUCUGCACCUUGAGAGCUUUGGUAGGCAUUAGUUUCUUGGAAAUUGAAACUCCUUAGUGCAAAUAGGGAAUGCAGGAAAGCAGUACUGAUCAAAGACCAUUUCCGCCCCCCCCCCCCACUUUAAAUCUUAACUGUGUACUGGUUCCAAGGCAGAAGAGUGGUAAGGGCCAGGCAGUGAGGGUUAAAUGACUUGUCCAGGGUCAUACAGCUAGGAAGUGUCUUUUUUUUUUUAAUAAUAUUUUAUUUGAUCAUUUCCAAGCAUUAUUCAUUAAAGACAAAGAUCAUUUUCUUUUCCUCCCCCCCACCCCCCAUAGCUGACGCGUGAUUCCACUGAGUGUCACAUGUGUUCUUGAUUCGAACCCAUUUCUAUGUUGUCAUUAGAGUUUCGUUUAGAGUCUCUCCUCUGUCAUGUCCCCUCAACCACUGUAGUUUUCUCAGUGUUUCCACUCCCAUAGUUUAUCCUUUGCUUAUGAAUAGUGUUUUUUCUUCUAGAUCCCUGCAGAUUGUUCCGGGCCAUUACACCACCACCAAUGGAGAAGUCCAUUACAUUCAAUUAUACCACAGUGUAUUAGUCCUGUGUACAAUGUUCUCCUGGUUCUGCUCCUUUCGCUCUGCAUCACUUCCUGGAGGUUGUUCCAGUCUCUAUGGAAUUCCUCCACUUUAUUAUUCCUUUGAGCACAAUAGUAUUCCAUCACCAACAUAUACCACAGUUUGUUCAGCCAUUCCCCAAUUGAUGGGCAUCCCCUCGUUUUCCAGUUUUGGGCCACCACAAAGAGCGCAGCUAUGAAUAUUUUUGUACAAGUCUUUUUGUCCAUUAUCUCUUUGGGGUACAGACCCAGCAGUGCUAUGGCUUAAGAAGUGUCUUUUGAGGCAACAUUUGAACCCACGACCUCUUAUCUCCUGACUAAACUCUCAAUCUCUGAACUUAAGCCAAGCUUCUGGUGCGUGUCCUGCUAAAUCAGCAUAGGUUUCAUUCUAUUAACCCAUCUUUUUUUGGGGGGUGGGGUAUAAGACAUCUAGAUGGCAUCCCAGCUAAGUAUAUUGUUUUGGUUGGUGAGUUGUCCUAAAGCAGACUGCUGGUGUCAAUUCUAGCCAUCUGUCUCCUCCCUCAGGGGAAGUCUAAUCACAUGACUCACUUCCUGGACUACUUUGUAAAUUGCAUUCCUAGCCCAGGAGGGAAGUGAGUUGCAAUAGAACCUUAGACCUCAGUGGGGCUCUGCUUAAUGUUGUAGCCUGACCUGUGGUAUUAGUAAGAGAAAAAGAAGUGCUUCUUGGUGAUAGAGAUGAAUACUACUACCUUUUUUUUUUAUUUCAAAGCUUUUAUUUCAUUAACUUACACAUUUAAAAAAGUUGGGCAGACUGUAAAUUAAAGAUGAUUUUCUAGAAAUAGAAACUCCUCUAUUGGCACUUAGGAUUCUUUACAAUUUUGUUCCUUCCUAUUUUUCCAGUUUUAUCUAUGACUCUCCUUCCAUGCAGCCAAUGACACUGGCUCACUUUCAUUUUUCUACCCACCACCAUCUAUUUCCCAUGCUUGGAAUGCCCUCCUCAUCUCCACCUCUUAGCAUUUCUGCCUUUUUUUUUUCUCCAGAUUCAGCUCAAGUACCAAACUUAUGCUGGCAGUUCUUCUAGAUUAACCAAGUGUCUAGUACAUUCUCCACUAAAGUUACCUUUUAUCUAUUUUGUUCCUUUCUUUUUCUUUUUAAAACCUGUAUCUUCCAUCUUAGAAUCAAUACUGCAUAUUGGUUCUAAGGCAGAAGAGUGGUAAGGGCUAGACAAUGGUGGCUAAGUGAUUUGCCCAGGGUCACAUGCUGGAAAGUGUCAGAGGUCAAAAUUUGAACCCAGGACCUCCCAUCUCUAGGCCUGGCUCUCAAUCCACUGAGCCACCCAGUUGCCCCCAUUCUUAUUUUGAGAGGCAGUUUGGCAGACUGACCCGUACUCAAGUUCCAACUUAACUAUGUGACUCUGGGCAAGUCAUUUAAUCCCUCAGUGAUCUUUUUGUCAACUUUCUAAAACUAUAAGUGGCAGAGGAAGGUGUGGACCUGCCAGGAGUUCCCUAUAUCAAUGAAAUCAUAGCAUCUAUCCCUACAUCUCUUGUAUAUACCCAUACAUGCUCAUGUUGUCUCCUCCAUCAGAAGGUAAGCUCCUCAAGGACAGAAAUUGUUUUGUCUUUUCUUUGUAUUCCCCAUACUUAGUUCAUGCCUAGAACAUAGUAAAUGCUAAAUGAAUGCUUUCAGAUUGAUACUAAAGAGAGACUUCAAAGUUAAAGGAAAAAUAGGAGAGCUUAUUAUCUAUCAAAAAAAAAAAAGUACCCUCUAAGGGUUUUUAUACUUCAAACCUACCACUUCUACUUGAAGUCAGUUGGGCACCAGAGAGAUGGUGUGAAAGAAAAUUUCCAGCAGUAAUUAUAGCUGCCUCCUUGAGUGCCUAGGAUUGAGGCAGAAGGGGAUUGAGAUUCAGUAAUAAUAGUAUUUUACAUUUGUAUAGAGCUCUAAGUUUUAAAAGUAUUUUAAUAUGUAUUUAAAGAGCUUUAUAAACUUUAAAGUACUAUAUAAAUGUCUGUCAAAAUUAUCAUUCUUGUUAUUAUUAUAUACAUUAUCUCAUGUGAGCCUUCCAAUUACCCCCUGAGGUAGGAGCCACAGCCAUUAUUUUCAUCCUAUUCACAAGUACUCAUAUUUGUUGUUCAGCCAUUUUUUCAACUGGGUUUGAUUUUUUGUGAUCCCAGUUGGAGUUUUCUUGGCAAAGACACUAGAGUGAUUUGCCAUUUUCUUCUCCAUCUACAGAUGAGGAAACUGAGGCAAACAGGAUGAAAUGAUUUGCCCUGGAUCACAGGACUAGGAAGUGGCUGAGGCCAGAUUUGAAUUCACAAAGAUGAAUCUUCCUGACUUCAGACUAAGCACUCUACUAUAAUAUUUCUAAGAUAAUAAUCACACUCCAGCCCAUUUUCUUCAUUGAUUUCCUUCUCAUUUCCUUCUUUGUAAUAUUAAAAUUAAUUAAUUAAAACUACCUAUCUUCAUCUUGAAAAACAAAGGAAAAAACCUCUAAAGCUUACGAAACUAAAUGAAAGUCUUUUGUGAGGACUGCCUCGAAGUCUAUUUUUCCAAGGGGUGACUUUGAGAGAUAUAACCCCAUGGAACCCUUACAUCGCUCUUUAAGUUUUGAGAAAUCUGAAUUUAUAGCCCCAAAGAAUAAAACAGGACAUAUUCCCUUUAUCAUUUUAGACUACCUCAGGAGAAUGGCAGAGGUAAAAGCCCAUUCUUCCCCUGGUAAAUAUAUCUUAUGAGUAAUGGUAGUGAACCCAAGCCUCAUGUUUGAGGAUCCCCUGGCAGAUGGAAGGAAGGGUGUGAUAUUGACCGGUCAAGGCCCUAAUCUACAUGUGGUCAGCUCCUCAAGUGAAGACGCAUGAGCAAGGCAAGACAUAUAGGAAUUUCAUUUCCCCCUUCCUUAUAAAUUGAGUCCUCAUGAUGCAUGUUUUGUGACUUCUCUUUGAGCCUGGUGCUUUGUGUUCAUUUCAGACAGAGGGCAGAGGGAAUAGCACAGAGAAUCCACAUCCUAAAUGGAAAAACGUGAGGGAAGAAGGUCUCCAUGAGCCUUGUCUUUCUUUUGUGAGGGAUGGAUGGAUUGUUCUUCUAGGAUUUUAUUUCUGGUCCCGUCAGAAUUAUUGGUUCUAUAGAUGUGGUUUUAGUAUUGCCUUAGCUUGUUUAGCUGGGGUUAUCAUUCAGUUCAAUUGCAUUUUCAUCUUCAGGUCAUGUGAAUCCACUAUUUCUGUAUAUUAAUUUAGUUAUUAAUAUAGCCAAUUGGCAUUGAGAAGCAGGACAAUUAGUCACAGAACAGAUAUUCAAAAUGUACUCAGCUGAUUCACCAGAGCUAACACAGGGCUAUGCUAUGCAUAACUGGGAACUCAAAUUAAUUUGCUCAACUAAGAAACAUUUAAUAAGUGCCUAUUGUAUGCAGAAUGCCAUGCUGAGUGCUGAAGGACAGAUUACAUUUAGGUAAGACACUCAGUCAUUACCCUCAUGGAGUUUACAGUCUAACAGGAGAGCAAGACAAGCUCAGAUUAUUAUAGUUACUCUAUAUUUGCAUUAGAGAAUUGCAAAACAAUAUGCUUUAGUUCUUUGGAAGACCUUCUUCCAAAAGAAAAAGAGAAAGAGAAAGCUUACUGAAUAGAAUCAUAUUUGAGUGGGCCUUAAAGAUGGGUAAGAAAUUACAAUAGAGAAGACAAGGAGGACCAACUAUUGAAUGAGAAAUUAUAAAGAACCUUCACUGAGUCGAAAUAAGGCCAAGAUCCAGCUGUUCCCAGUUUCAUUUACUGUUGAUUUUUGGGUCCUACGCUGUUGGCCUUGGGGUCAGAUGUUCAUAGAAAUCUCAACCUGUUCCCUUAGCUUUAUACUUGGGAUUCUCAAGUGGACUAUGGGUUUUACAUGAUUGGGUCCAAUCUUUCGAGAUAACCCCAAAACUUCCGCUGCUUAUGACCCUACCAAGAAUUCCCCUUUAAAUGAAUAUCAGUCCACAUGGGCAAGUACACAUUUUUCUGGUUAGACAGAGAGAAAUUAAAUCUUUUUUUUGAAGAAAGAGGUAAUGCUGGUUCUGGAAAGACUACUCUACCUACCUUAUCGAUAAAAGAUAUUAAGUUCACAGUGUCAGCUUUAAACUGAAUUACGUUUCAAACUCAUUUAGACCACCCCAGGUUUGCCAAACUAGUUGGUCCACUUCCCUUCAGUACUAGGUCCCACUGUGCUUUAUGAAGCUUCAUUGUGAAACAGGAAUGAACUGACUGUCUUUGAUACUAACGUUUAUUGACUUGUUAAUGUCUAUAAUGUUUGUGAAUGGGAUUUGCAGCUGUGACUUUUUAAAAUAUCUUGAAUUGGACCCCUCUGGAUUGGUGAAAUUAGUUAUUUUGUAUUUAACACAGUAUUUAAUAAAGGUUUGUAAUAAGAAUUACCAUGGCCAUGAAUAUUCUUUUUCCUGUGGAGUAGGAAUUAAAUAAAACUCAAGAUACCUCA